AUGACGGUUCUUUCGACCUCGAUUACUUUGCGGCCCGCUCCCCAAGACGCCCUACAAAGGGUCGCAACUGUCCUGUCAAAGCUGAAAUGCGUUGACUACUACGCAUAUGAGCGUGCUGGAGUUUGGUAUUUGGGUAUCGGAAAUCGCUCGUCAGUGACAAUCGACCCCGAAGGGCGGAGAGCUACUUUGUCUACCAACGGAAAGGAUGAAGUGCGAUCCCUCGAUGGUCGUGUUACCGAUGUUGUGCGAGAAUACAUCUCGGCAAAUGAGGACUGCGGAACCAGAAUCUAUGGUUACGUCGGAUUUAGCUAUGCCUUACUUCUGCGGGGGAUCACCUUCACUGCAGGGAAAUGGCCAAUGCUGAGUCUUAUGGUCCCUCGUACUGAGAUUGUCUUUUAUCCAGAUAAAGUCACGCUGACUGGAGUCGAUGACCGAGAGACGAAGGAACUCUGCGUGAUGGUCAACGAUGUCACUUGCAUUGACCCAUCACCGGGUCAUGCCAUCGACACCAACACCAGGACCGCUGAAUACGUGGAGCAAGUCGAGGCCGCGUUGGCAGAUAUAAGAGCAGGGAAGUACGCGAAAAUCAUUCCUUCCCGCAACGCAGCUCUUCCAACGAGAGUGGACCUACCUGCAACCCUGCUAUGCGGACGACGUUAUAACAACCCCGCGCGUUCAUUCUGUCUGCGUCAUGCUAGCAGCCAAGCUACCGGCUUCAGCCCGGAGCUUGUGAUGUCCUUGCGAAGUGGCAAAUUAACGACGGAGCCGCUCGCUGGGACUCGGGCGCACCAUGGGGCGGAAGAGAAAUCCAGAGAACUCAAGGAGGCAUUAAUUAGCGACCCGAAGGAAAUUGCCGAACACGUGUUAUCGGUGAAAGAAGCAACCAGCGAAUUGGAUAAAAUGUGCUCUCCAGGCACGGUUGUUGUGGAGGACCUGAUGUCUGUACGGCCCCGCGGAAGCGUGCAACACUUGGGCUCGAGCGUGUCGGGUACUCUAUCGCCCGAUAAGGAUGCAUUGGAUGCAUUCAACAUCCUGUUCCCUUCGAUUACUGCUACUGGAAUCCCAAAGCAAGCGGCACUAGAAGGGAUUGAGCGUCUUGAGAAACAGCCCCGGGAGCUUUAUUCUGGCGCAGUCUUACUGAUCGAGGAUCGGGAAACGUGGGAUGCCGCGCUUGUCCUUCGAACCGUUUUCCAGGACGAGGAAAAGUCAUGGGUUCAGGCUGGAGCGGGCGUCAUUGCACAGUCAUCGUCUGCGCGAGAACUGACCGAAACCUGCGAGAAACUGGCCAGCAUUGCUCCAUACAUUGUGGCAGACCGGAAACAGAAGGACUGA